AUGAACUCCCCAGUGAAAACUCAGAGGGUGAGGGUAUCUCAAGCACCAUCAACUGCUCUCGAUGGAGGCCACGCCUGGUUCAUCCUGCUCUCCUGCUUCCUGGUUUUUGGAUUGACAUUUGGGGUCAUUAAAUCUUUUGGAGUUUUCUACGUGGAAAUUCAUCAGUACUUUGAAACCACAGCAACAGAAACAUCUUGGAUCACCGCUAUUGCUGUGGCUACCAUUCAUGUUAUUGGUGAAUAUCAUGAUCUCCUCGUACAUCUGUCUUUAAUAUUAUGUUGAACAGCAGGAAACAGUUUACAGAUAUUUCACCCUGGAAAUUUAGAGUUUUUUAAUUGCUUCUUUAUUGAGUUUUAUUGGGUCAAACCCACACAGGAAUAAUAUAGUAAGUGUAAAUCCCAGGUUCAUGUUAAAGAUCACAACAUAAAGAUGGAUGUUCAAGGCUUCGGUUGAAGGUGAUAGUAGGUUGCUGUGAAUCGGAGGUCUUGGAGGUAGCUUUUUUAUGUUUAAGAAGACUUAUGGUUUCUGUCAGAGGUGGUGGGUGGAGUCAGCUGCUUAGUUCGCUGUAAGUUUCAAAAGUAGAAACAUUCUGUGGAGGGUUGUCUGCAGCUGAAAGGCAAGCAAGAAAUAAACAAGUGGAGGAUGAGACUCAUGGUUAACAUCAUGAUUGUAUUUUGCUUUUGACUUGUUUUUGUUUUAAUGUGCUUUUAUCCACAUAUUUUACAGCACUUUGAUGGAAAGCACUUUAAAAAAUAAAUGUAUUAUUAUUAUCAAAGAGUUUUUUUUAGAUAAGUUAGUACCUCAUACUCAUUACAAAGGCAGCAGUUGCUGUCUAUUAGAGGCCCACGUUGGAGGUGUGGACUUGGGCAUAUAGGAACAGGGCAGGUGGAGGCAGCUGCAGUUUACUGGCAGGGACUGGGUUGGAGGCAUUGGAAGCAGCUAUCUUUCAUGUGACACAGGUAAAGGCUGCAGGUGGAGACAGGGACCAGAGGCCUUUGGCAUAGGCUUCUAACACUGAUCAUUAGCGCUGCAGGUGGAGACAUGGUUGAUAUUUGGAGGAGGAAGCCAACAGACACCAACUACAAGCUUGCAUUUGAUUUAUACCUUACAUUUGAUUGUAGAUUCAGCAGGUUGAAGCAGUGGCUGGAGGUGAUGGCUUCAGUUGGAGGUCACGCUGCAGCUUAGGCCACAAUUUUCAGGCAGAGCGUCAAGCUGAUGAAUGCUGGCUGGAGCUGCAAGUGAUGGAAACAAAGAGGAACAUUAGCAAAGACCGAGUAUGAGGAUGGGCUUUGGCUUUCAGCUGCAAAAUGCAAGUGGUGUCAUAUGAUGUCAGUGUUUGUCAGAUCCUGUGGUUGAAAGUGACAAACUGCCGGUAAAGACAGGUGACAUUUGCUGGGAGAGGCUGAAUUUGAGGUAGAGGAGGCAGCUGUCAUUUUGUGCAGGUAGGCUGCAGCAGGAAACUUUCGGCUCUUUUCUGUUGACUGUUAAUUUCAAGCAUCAUCUGGAACUGGAGGUGACUGCAGGUUCCUGGUACAGGCUUGGGCUUGAGUUGGUGGCACCUGCAGCACAAUGUCACAAUGUCAACGAACAGAUACUUUUGCUCAAAGUGGUGUACAUUAGAGAGUUAGUUCAAUACCAGUACAAUACCAGUAAGAAUCCAGAGAAGGAUACAGCUUUCAGGUCACGGCUGCAGCUUCCAGGUCAUUAUCAUAGAGUUGGUGGCUGUCGGUUCCUCGUAGAAGCUCUAUGUUGAGUUAGUAGAUGUUGUUGUGUAGCUAAGGUUGAAAUAGGAAGCUUUAGUGCAGCCAAUUAUCACAGUUUUGGGUGAGGGAGGCUUAAGUUUUAGGCAUUAAUGAUACCUUCAGUUGAUGGAGACUGGACUGAGCAGCUCAGCUAGAUGUUUUAGGCUUCAGGGAGAGGCUUGAGGUGAAGUUUGUGGUAAUGGCUUUUUGAUGUUGAAGCUGCAGCUGAUAUUUACUUUGAGAGUCUGCUGGUAAGAGAAUUUACAAGAGAUUUAUAGCUGGAUAGAUAACACUGAAAGUGAUGCUAUGACCUACAGUCCUCAAUUAAUGGUUCAGAGGCUACAACUAAAAAAAGGUACCUUAGCAACACGGCUUUAUAAGUGUGAGUUGUUGGUAGAAAAGCCAGCUUGCAACACUUACCACUUCUGGUAGAGGCGAAGGCUGAUAUUUUCUGGUGGAGGCUGAGUCCGUGAGGUUUGGAGACUGGAGCUGAAGUUGAUGCUGACAAAUUCUUUGGUAGGGCUUAAGCAUAGGCGGUGGUUCCUGACAGGGAGGGAGCAGGUAUAUGCUUUGGGUGUGGAGGGUGUGGAGGAAGCCAUUUUUCGUCUACAGAGGCCUAGGUUGGCUUGGUUUCUUUUAUUCCAUAUUGUUCGAGGGAGAGGCUGCUGGUGUCUAGCUACUGGCACACUGCAGGACGUGGCCCAAGAUUGCUGGCAGAGAGGGAAGGUUGUGUCAAUGUGCUUGUAGAGGUUGCAGUUGGAGACAGUGGCUGCUGAUGUUUGGCAAGGACUUCAAUCAUAGGUGAUGGCUGCUGAUGUUAAGAACAAGUUUGGGUUUAAGGCACUGGCAUUCCAUAAACAGGUGGAGGCAGCACAUGGAUUAAACAGAUUGGAGAUAUUUACCUUUGAGCAGGAGGAGAAGAAGGAGGCUGAUGGUGGAGGCUGCAGGUGGAAGCAGCCAUCUAGAGGCAGUUGUUAUUUUUUAGAGGCUGAAGAUGGAGGUUGGCAAUUGUGCAGCGCUAAGGUGGUAAAAGCUGCUGGCACAUGUUGGAGGACAGGAUGGAGGCAGGUUCGAUACUUUGUUAUUUUCAGUCAGGUCAGAGAUGGUUGUUGGUCGAGUCAGGAGUUUGGAAGAGGCUCAAGGUGCAGGACGGCUGAGGUGUUUUAAAUUGCAUGCAGACAGUAUUUUGUCUUUUUUUUUCUGGCAGUUCUGAAUUUUUUCCCCUUAUACUACUUUUCUUAUCUUAACUUAAACUAAAGUAACUUAAACUACAGUAUUUACAAAAUGUACGAGUUUUAACUCAGAGUUAAAACGACAAUGUUCACAAGAAGAGAGUGAAGACUUUCAUGUCCUCACUCUCUUUCUGGAUAAGGUCUUUGGCUGUGGUUCAUCGGAUAUGUCCACGUUGUAGAGGGGUGGAUAAACUCCCACCCCGUUACUCGUGUUUACAUGGACAAGUCCGUUGUCGUCCACAGAUCCACUCGUUCCCACAGCUUCUGCUUGAUGUGACGUCCCAGUGCAAGGCUGUAGGGACGCCGACGGCCAUUCUUGUACCUGUGGACAGGAGAGGACAGUAGUUCAAAUCACAAUGUUAGGUCAAGUGUUUCCCAUCAUGAUCUGUUGGACUGGUGAAUUCUUGUUUUUGUAUCAUACAUACCAAAGCAUGUCAUCUACCACGGCGUGGUAGACCUGCUGGUACUCCUCCACUGACUGAUCGUGAAUUAUCAGUGGGCCGUCAUCCAGCAGUGGAGCUGUGGGGGGCUGGAACUGAUGAACCACAGGGGUGACUUGAGGCAGCUCAGAAGGUGGGACUGUUAACUGAGGCCUUGGGACCAAAGAAAGAUCAGCAACUUCGGCAUUGGAGUGCUGAGGAACAGGAUCCAGGGUCAGCUCUGUAGAAUUAGAAGUACGGACCGCAGAGGUCCUCUUCCUCUUCUUAGGCCGGCUGCCGGCAGGAGCUGAAUGAUGGUGUUGGACAGCCUGCAAAAUAAAUCCAACAAACAAGAUUUCAGGCUCAAAUACAUUAGAAACAAACUUUUACAAUCUCACCAGUUCAUUAUAUUCGCCAAUGAAGUUGUGCUAGUUUUGAAUAAAGUUUUAACUCAGAGUUAAAACGACAAUAUUAACAAGAAGACAGUGCAGACUUUCAUGUCCUUACUCUCUUUCUGGGUAAGGUCUUUGGCUGUGGUUCAUCGGAUACGUCCACGUUGUAGAGGGGUGGAUAAACUCCCACCCCGUUACUCAUGUUUACAUGGACAAGUCCAUUGUCGUCCACAGUUCACUGAAACUGUGGAUCCACUCGUUCCCACAGCUUCUGCUUGAUGUGACGUCCCAGUGCAAGGCUGUAGGGAUGCCGACGGCCAUUCUUGUACCUGUGGACAGGAGAGGACAGUAGUAAAUGUACAGGAAGAUGGAAUCACCUGCUAAACAUUGCUGCCGGUCGCACCUCCUCCGGUGCCCAUGGGUCAGCUGCAGGGUCAUCAGCCAGGAACCACCAUUCACCCUGCAGCUGACGGGCCUGACUGAUAGAUGUUACCCCCUGUUGCUGUUGUUGGGGUUAGGUGUUCUUUCCCCAGCACUUGUCCUUCCUCCUCAGCCAAAGCCAAAAGCUCCCCUUCUCAGCCUCCUCUGCGAGCUCUUUGGUUGCUUUCUUGAGGUUUCCUCCGGUCACUCCUGUGUCCUUCAAGAGGUGUAUGGUUGACAUCCCCACAAAGCCUCGGCAUCCAACCUCCGCUGGAUAGAUGGUGGUCCUCCAGCCAGCCUCCCGGAGUACUUGGCCUUCUUCCGUUCAAAGGCGGCCUCAAUCCCCUCCUCCAUUGGCACCGUGAGCUCGAUGAGGUGUACGGAUUUCGCCUUGGUGGACCACACCACUAUGUCGGGCUGGAGAGAUGUGGUGGUGAUCUCAAUGGGAAAGCGGAGCUGCCUGUCUAGGUCGACCCUCAUGUCCCACUCCUGGUCGGGGGCAAACGGCCUGGAUGUUUCCCUUGGCCUGGUGUUUCUUCUUCCCCCGCCUUCAGUAACAAAGCCGAUGUGGUUCCCUACUGGUGGUGACCCUUCGCUGCCCUGUCGCUGCCCCUCAAGCACCUCAGCCAGCUUCCUCAGGACCUGGUCGUGGCGCCACCUGUAGCGUCCUUGGGAGAGUGCGAUCUUGCAGCCUGACAAGAUGUGCUGAAGGCUUGCGUUAGGUGCACUGCAGAGUGGGCAGCUCUCCUCACUCCCGAACCACUGGUGAAGGUUCCGCGGACAGGGAAGGGUGUCGUAGGUUGAGCGGACAAGGAAGCUGAGUCUUGCCUGUGGGAUCUUCCAUAGGUCUGCCCACCUGAUGUUUCUGUUGGCUACUCCUUCCCAGGUUGUCCAGCUACCCUGUCGGCCCUGUGACAUGGCCUUGAUCUUGUAGCGCUCUUCCUCCAUCCUUGUCACCUCCGCCACAACCAUCUCCUUCCUCUCUUUGCGGUUGGCCUUGGACCAGAACCGUGGCGCUUCCCCCCACCCUAGUCCUGCUCUUCCUGCCUGGACUCUGCCAACAAUCUCUUGGUGUUGCAGUCGGCCAAUGGCUCGGUCGACUUCAGUUUUGGCGUUCCACUUCCGGCCUGUGGGAACCUUGGCAUUUGCGUUCCUUACAGUCUGGUCGGUGGACUCUCUCAACUCGAGGACAAGCCUGGUCUUUUCCUGCAUGUAUCCCAAACUGAUUGAUUGCAACGGCAGCUGUAGUGUGUUCCUUCCAAAGAGGCCCGUUUCAGAGAGGCACCGUGGCAGCCCCAACCACUUUCGGAUGAAUGAGUUGGCUUUUCCAUCCAUCUUACUUGCAGUGGAUGAGGGGAUCUCACUCAUUUUCAGCGGCCACAUCACCCUCCUGUAGAGUGUGAACUGGUAGCACCAGACCUUAAACUUCCCAGGGAGCUGGCUUCGGUCGAUCUUUGCCAGUCCUUCUGAGAGCUGCUUCAUGACGCUUCCUCCCAUCUGUUUGUCCGAAAGCUCUGCGGUGUACUGUCUGCCAAGGCUUCUAAUGGGUUGCUCAGAGAGGAGUGGGAUUUUCUCUCCCCCUACGACGAAGAUGGUACUGUCGCUUCGGACUCCUCUUCUGAGGGACAGGCUCCGUGAUUUUUAGGGCUUGAUCUUCAUUCGUGCCCACGACAUCAGCUCAUCCAUUGAUGAAUGCUAACUUCAUAAUUAGCUUUCUUACAAGCGUUUCAAUCCGGAGAGUCAAGCAGAUCCACAACAGUGACAGAUCCACAACCCCCUUUGCGCCCCUGCUGGACGGAGUAGGUCAUUGCAUGACAGAUCCACAACCCUCUUUUUAACCGCUGUUCCACAUCCUUUUUUUUUUUUUUUUUUUGUGCCCAGAAAUUAAAUUUAAUAAACAAGUUAAUAAAUAAAUAAACAAAUGACUGCAGUUUCAUAUUAUUAUCAAAUCAAAAUAAGUCUUUGAAAUUUAUGAAGAACGUGUUCAGUUCUUGGGAUUCGGCCCACUUCCUUUCAAGGAUUUGAAAUUUAUUUUUAAAAUAAGUAAGUGCCCACAGUCACAUUUUAGAUAUUAAUCUGUUAUUAAUUUUACAAUUUUUUACUGAUUAUCAUCUUUUUAUGUAUUGUCUGCCAACCUAUGAUAUUUUGGGUUUAUUCUACCAAAAUAUCAACUUAUAUUAUCCCAAUAUCAUAGGGAUUGGCCUCGCUUUUAUUCUAUUCAUUCCUUGGCGAUGAUUUAGACCCCUGAAUGCAAUAGUAUGUGUCUGCAGAGCUCCAUGGAUGUAAUAUUUUGUGUGUUUUUCUCGUAUAUUUUCAUGUACAAUCUCAUGCACAUUAUUUGUCAUCGCACUUCUGCUUCAUUCACUACAAUGCGAGAAGCCUGUGGGUCAAAUAGUACAUUUCCGACGAGCUGAUGUUAGUAUUAGCUUGACCGAGAUUCGAUGUGCAUCUCAGACCAUCAUGGAAAAUGGAUAGGGAAAAUGUCAUUAACGGAGCCUGUCACAUUGACAUUUAUUUCUCUGUCAAAUUCAAGACAACAGUUUUAUUAAUGACUAAAAAUUGUGUGAUUCACGUUUAAUACUCGAUCAUGAUGUCGCCCCAUGCAAGCCAAUAACUUUCGAGAAAAGCGCAUUAAAAAGGGGCGGUCACGUGAUUCAGGUUGUGGAUCUGUCAUGCAAUGACCUACUCCAUCCAGCAGGGGCGCAAAGACGGUUGUGGAUCUGUCAUAGUUGUGGAUCUGCUUGGUUCUCUGGCUCUGCAGACAUUUACUAUUGGACACAGACGUUUGCUCCGCGAUAGUCCUCUCGUUUUCUCCUGAGCCUGGCCUGCAUAGUGGGGCCCCAGGGGCGGAGCUUGGAUUGGUUACGUAUGACAUCUCACUGUAUCUGAUCCUGUUGUUUGGGUCUGCCAGGGAUUCACAGCAAUCACAGAGAUUCACAGUGAUAUGAAUGCAGAAAUGCAAUUUUGCACUGCUUUUCUCAUGAUAUAUCCUCUAGUAUCAGAAAAAAUGCCAUAUGAACAUGUAGAUAACAAGAAAGACAUGAUUUUCAUCGGAGUGGGUCUUAAAAGGGAUGGCUCAUUUUUUCAGUGGGGUUGUGUGAGAUACUUUUCAGUAGUUAUUGUAUUACAGCCACAGAUAAUGUGGGUCACCUUGGCCCCUUUGUAGGGGAAUAGCUGAAAUACUGGAGUAGAAACUGGCUCCACUAAACACAUAUGCCGAUGUGACAUCUGUACAUGACAGCGACAUUAGUCCCCAUUCUCCAACAGGAGAAGAGGAAGAAAUAAUUGCUGUAUAGUCAAACUGAACACUUGAAAAGGAAAAUCUGUGAUUGCUUUUGAUUGUCACUAAGAGUUUGGAGAGAAGUUUACAGUCAUCAGUAAAUGUUAAAUCAAAAAGGCACAAGCAGAGGCACUUUUCAGACCUUUUAUCCCCUUUCAGGUUUCUGGGGUCGCUCACCAGAAGAAACACAUCAAGGCUGAAUCCUUGCUCUUAUUGCACUCUGCUGCACGUCUUUUUCAUAAACAGCUUUUUCUAUUAAAUUGAAUCAAAAUCUUUGAAAAGAAAUAAAAAAAAACUGCCUCUGUGGAUUAACAAACUGUCUGUUUUUCAAAGAGCAUAUCAGUCAAACAGAAUUUCAUUUUGAAAGAGCGUCUUUAUUUAAGUAUCUCAUAAGCCAAAACUUCAAAACCUUUUUGGGUAAAAAAUCUUGUAUGGUGCAGUUCCUGCCCUGGAUAACUGUCCAUGUCCUAAAUUAAGCUAAUUAAUGAAUGUCCUUUGUGUCCCUUUCCAGCCCCUGUAGCAUCUGCUCUGAGCGCCCGUUAUAGCCACCGCUCUGUGGUGAUGGUGGGAGGACUAAUAUGCAGUUUAGGAGUCAUGUUGGGGUCUUUUUCUCGCAACUUGAUUGAACUUUAUCUGACAGUGGGGUUCUUAAAUGGUGAGUCUUUGCAUUUAAACACAUGAAUCCAGAUCAGACUUAUUAGAGAGCAUGCACACGGUUUGAAAUCUGCUGUUUUCUCUCCUGCAGGUUUUGGCUAUGCCUUGACAUGGACCCCUACAGUCACCAUGCUGGGUCUGUAUUUUGAAAAGAGGCGCCCAGUAGCAAAUGCAUUGGCCAGUGCUGGAGAGUGCAUCCUUACUUUCAUCCUCACACCUCUGUUCCAGCUUUUGAUUGACAGCUACUCCUGGAGAGGGGCUUUGCUGAUCCUGGGGGGGCUGCAGCUCAACCUGUGUGUGUGCGGGAUCCUGCUCAGGCCCCUCAAAGCCCCCAGAGAUGUGACAUGUGAGGUCAAAGCACAGGAGGAGUGCUUGUCCCUGGAAUUGCUAUCAAAAGACAAAUCGGAGAGGCCUCAUGAGAGCAGGAACUCUGAUAACAUAGAGGCAACCAGUACUGGUCUCCAGGACUUUGAAGAGACACAGAAUCCAGCCAUGACAGACUCGAACAACAGGACAAAGAGAACUCAACUGAAGACAAAAAUCCUCCUCUAUGUGGAUUACACCCUCAUCACUAACCCCCGCUUUAUGGUCUACUCAAUGUUCGGGGUUUUCGCAGCUCUGGGUUUCUUUGCUCCGGCUCUGUUCCUGGUUCCUUAUGCUCGGAGUAAAGGGAUUGAAGAGUACCAGGCGGCUGCACUCAUGUCCAUCUCUGCAGUGUUGGACCUCUUUGGAAGGGUGUUCUUUGGCUGGGUGGCAAACUUGAGACUGGUGCAGACAGUAAGUUCAGUCUGAUAUUGAUUCUGAGCAACAAAACAUUCAAACAUUUGCAUAGAAAAAAGAUUAAAGAAAGAGUCAAGCCCCGGAAAUGUCAUGAAUUGCAAAUUGCCAGUCAUUAAAGCAAAGGGAAAGUUAAACAUUUUAGGAAAUACCUACUCUGAUAUUCUCUUGACAGUCGGAUGAUCUGCACGGAGAAUAUAAUACCACACCUACCUGCAAUUAACAUCACUUUGCUUUUAUACUGACAGUAGAGAAAUCAGCCUGACUGGCUCUGAACAAAGGGAAGUUCAAAAGCAGAAACUUUCAGGACACGCUGUCAGCUUGUCAUACUUUGAGGGCUAAAUGAGAAUGAUGAUUAUCAGUGGGAGGUAAUGCAAAUUAGAAUACCAACAGGGUGAACAAGACCUUGAUAUGAAGUGGACAGCCAUUGUCUGUAUAAGUUAAAAUUUAUCACCUCCAUUUUUAGUAGUCCAUGUAAAAACAUCUAAUACUCCCAUUCUCUUGAGGCUAAUCUGAGAUUUUUUGCCACAGUGGGAUCUGUGCAUGACUCUGUGAUGGUUUGAUGAAUCAUGGCAUCCAAAUGAGUAUUCAGCACAUCCGGGUUAAGUUGCUAUAUAAAGAACAUGCAUGAAAAAAAAAUGGGAUCACUGUCCAUCAUGUGUGUCAAUGUCUCCACCAGGUGACACAGCUAACAGCCACAGUGAUCCUGCAAGGCACUGUGGUCCUCCUCUGCCCUUUGGCUUCCUCCUUCCCUGAGCUGGUCGGUUUCAGUGCAGCGUACGGCCUCGUGUACGGCGCAACAGUCGCCAUCCAUAUCACCGUGCUGGCUGAGCUUGUUGGCGUCCACAGGCUGGGGAGUGCGCUGGGAUUCUUCAUGCUCAUACGCAGUAGCGGAGGCCUGCUUGGACCACCAAUUGCUGGUGAGUGAAUAAGAUGCUUUGAUAGUCAACUGCAAGUACAGGCUGUUCCGACUGUGCAUAUCAGAGAAGAAAUGGAUUUCAGCUUUAGGUGGCUGCUUGAAAAUUCCCUGUGAUCUGUUUCUCCAUGAUGACUGUCUGCAAGCUUCAAAUAUACAGGAAAUUGUAGUGAGUCAAAAGAGACUUCUGUUUCUUUCCAAUAUUUCUGUAAGCAAUAAAAGAAAAUCCAAUAAUCUUCAAGGUUACAAUGACAUUUUCUUCUGGCACAUUAAAUCUCACACAAUUGAUGUGCUUAUAGAUCGUUCUGCAUUGUAACUGCAGCUCAGUGAGCCUAUUCAGCCAAAAUGAGAAUUUUACACCUCUAUGACAUUGCAGCGCCGCCCUUCAAUUAAUCAUCACUUUUGUCAAUGAUCCAUCCCGCAGGAUCCGGGAGCUUUUAUUCAGAAAGCAAAUGUGCAAAAAUUAUGAUAUCACGCAUUUUUAUGGUAGUGUUAAUUUCACAGCCGGUUGCUUUCCAAAGAUUCUUUUCUCCUUUAAAUUGAGAUUUUUCCCUAAAUGACUCUCCUUUCUGCUUCAUAUAAGACCUGUCCAUAGUCAUACAUCAUGUCCUUCAGAGCAUUAGAACAAAUGAAACACCGCACUGGCAAACAAAAGGAGCUGAGAAAUCGGAGACACUUUGCUUUACUGGCCUAUUCAGAUCUGGAGUUUUGGCCACCAGAGGUCAGUGUUAAUGAGCUGUUAAAAAACACAGACCACUUUGGUUUAGUUAAUCAGGCUGUGGCUUUGUAUACAAAUUAAAUUUAUAUUGCUGGAUCCUGCGUAUGAGUGUAGAAUCUGCAUAAGAAGGGUAAGAUAUUUUUGAAUCAAGAAUGUUCUGGUUUCCAUUUUCGGGAGUGUUUUCAUCCACAGGCUGGAAGAAUAUUAUUUCAACCUCCACAACCCAUUUGUCAUCAUUUUAUAAGGACAGUUCACCUCCAGAAUUAGUUUAUGGGAUGCACUUUCUUCCAUCCCAAAAAGUUGGCUGCAAAUUAUUUACCAGUGCACUAAUCUAUCAACAUAAACAGAGAGAGGAUUUAUGUGCAAAGCUGUUUAACUCAGAGGACUGUGCUCGAGGCGGUCAAAUGAGGUCAUGAGGUCACAUCAUGUACUUGAUAAUGGUGAUAUAAUAUUGCCACAGUUUUGGGCUUAUAAAAUCCUUUUUUUUUUUUUUAUAAAACCUUUUUUUUCAUCUGAGCUGCUUCUCAUACAUCUGUGCAAAGCAAGCCAGAGACAAAGCAUUCGGACUGUUUUUAAAUCACUUUUUUAACAUUGCUCUCUCCAUGAUUUGGAUAAAAUCAUCCAUCAGUAGUAAAUCAGACUUGUAGAGACUUCUGAGUGUGAGACAAUAAAUGGCCAGCAGAGGAGGUUGUGGUGAGUCAUCGCGAAUCAGAUAUUAGCAGUGGGUCUUGCUGUACUUAGCAAUAAUUAUUCUCACAUUAUUACUACCUUAGGUUGUGCAUGUCUAGUGAACAGGUAGCUGGCUGUAUGGCAAAAGCAGAAAGUGCUAGAAAGAGCUACACAUCUGUAAAUAACUGCACAGUGCUGAAUGCAAUGGAAGUCUUUGUGUGGCAGGACAGUUAUAACCUUCUUCCCUCUUGAACCCUACCAGGACAAACUGCUCUUUAUAUUUGGAUUUUACUGCCAGUGAUUCAAUCUGGUAGAGAGCUGGUUUGAUUGGGGGAAAAAAAAAACAAAUGACAGGUGAAGAUUGGCGACACAGUGGGAGACAAAUUGGUUGCAGGUAGUGGGUCUUUCUGGACUUCACAGCUACCAAGCUGAGCUCAACAACCAUACUGGGAGCUAAUCAGGCAGCAAAAUCUGCACAGCACAAACAGAUGGUAUAUUAAAAGGCUACAUACCUGCACAGGAACUGCACACUGUGGUCUGAGCUGAAAGCAAUAAAUAUCACCAUACUGAGGAACAAUUUUAAUGUUUCUUUUUUUUUUCAAUGAGAGAGUGAAAAGGGGAUUUGAGGACCUCUUAAAACUGUGGGGUCUGCAUCUUAAAUACCAGUGAGACUCACAAUCCAGAUCCAUAACCAUAGUCUUUUGGUCUGUAGAAACACUCUUCUACAUAGUGUCAGUCAUACAUAACCAACUCCAUCCUUAUUCCUAAAGUUUCUAGUGUGACUUUCUAUGAGGUCACAGAACUGUUUCAAGCAUUUUCUGCAGACUCUAAACCUGCAGAGAGACCACAAAGAUUCACCUGCAGUUCAGGCCACUGGAUAAAUGCAGGUCAAUAUUAGCCCUCCUUUGGGAUUUUUUCGCUUUUUUGGCAACCACCAACUCUUUCAGUGAAAUAUCAUGCUCUUCAGUAAUUGAAUAUCUCACUUUGUUCAACAGCAAGUAGUUAAAUAUUAAUGUCUGCCUUUUGGUGCAAGUAGAAGGUUUGUUAAUUUGUUUUCUUUUUUGGCUGAUAGUGAAAAAUAUCUAAGCUAUGGGAGUGGGCCACAACAGGACAAUUUUGAGGUAUAAAUCCACCCAAAAAUUGAGCUGAAAGGUGCUGAAAUACUCAGAAGAUAUCAGGAAACUCAUGUGGCUGAUUUUCAUCAUCAAAACUUUGUCGGAGAGAGUACGUAGAGUUUUAAAAAGCAUUUUAAAAAAUCCCCAGAGAAGAUUAAAGUGAGAUGCAGCAAAGCUUUAUUCUAUUUCAGCAAGUAAAGACAUUUAAGAUACAUAUAAACCGAGUGAGCUCCUGAGCAGACUGAAGAUUUAACCACCGAACCCUUCUUUUAUAAUGUUUUUGUCAUAUUCUUGUGUAAUGGUUGGAGGAGAACAUCACACCUCUUCAUUGCAUUAUGAAUGCAGUUCUGGCCAAAAUCAUAAGUAUGAUGGGCUCCUGUGCAAAUAUUGUUUGGACCCUUUAUGCACCUAACAGAUCUGCGUGCCUAUAUGUGCACACAAGCGCACAAAUGCACAAACACAUGAAGCAGACAAUUUGUGUCACUGUGUAGAAACUCACAGUGCAACUCUCAUCCAAACCAGCCAAUGAUCAGAACCACAGACAGCAGCUGUAGAGACACAUCAUAUCUACCAAAUCGCCUCAAACUGCCACAGCUUGAUCAAAACAUCUGAAACAGCUUUAAACACCAGAGAGCUACAAACAUAAAACACACAACCAAUAGAAAAGCACCUGAGUUUGUCAUAUGCCGGCACAUUAUGGAUGACAGCCCCCUGGUACCAUAACUUUUCUCACCGAUGGCACUGGAGCCAGAUUUGAUCAGACACACAACAGGUGCACAGAUCCCAACAUAUUUGACAUUACAGUCUAUUAAUGUCAAUCUAAAUUCUAUCGAAUCCAUAAAAAUGGGAAACCUCGACUUCAUCCUGCAGGCCUUGCACUCAGCAAAGUUUGUGGCAUCACUCGUUAAGGUCAAAUUUUGGCUUUAAUGUUUUCUAUUAUAAGUAAUCCAAAUCCCCAACCCCAAAGUGGCCUAAGACUUAUUUAUAACUGUCAAAAGGUGGUACUUUUAAAGCUGGUGUAGAUUUUUUACAAUCCUGCAAGAAAAUCUGUGCCACGUUUUUGUCUCGACUGUCUCAGUCCAGAGUAAAAAAAAAAGGAAUGGACCCAAAAUGCAGAUCAAAACAGGAUUUAAUUAAAAGGAACAAAAAGAAAAGCAACAAAAACCUACUAGCAAAUGUCCAACUCAAAAAAAUCCAAAAUCCAACAAAGGACAAAGGCACUGGGGGAAAAAAACACUUGGAGACACUGGAGACAACAAAGACACACAUUCACAAUGAACUAACAAAGAAACAGGGGAAGACAAGGACCAUUUAUAUAUAUAUAUAUAUAUAUAUAUAUAUAUAUAUAUAUACACACACACAGGGAAAUGAGCAACGAGAGGCAGGUGAGAGACAAUUGCUAAGGAGGAAAACUGAGGAAGUAAAUAAAGACUAGAAACAAAAGGAAUAAACAACUUCAAAAUAAAACAGGAAACACUGAAAACUGAUAUAAGCAAUGAAACGCUGAGAACAAGAGGGAACUGGGGUCAGACACAAACUUAAAUCUCAAAAGACAGGACUACAGGGAAACAGGAACAAUAGGGAACAGAAACACGAGGGAAAAUCACAAAGAAAAUACACUCCAGGGAAACACAAAACCAGGGAAAAACUAACUCAAACAGAACAUAUCGUGACAGUUUUAAGGUAUGGGCCAGAGUGCAUUAAUGCUUACAUCAGUGCCCAUAACUAUUACACUCCCCCCAUCCCUGUGCACCUCUUCUGGGUCAAAUGUCGGUCAAACACCCUCUCUCCAGAGAACUCAGAGAAACUUUUCCUGGGCCUGUCUUUUUUUUCCCCCUCUUUAUAUGCCUCUUUGCUCCCACAGUGUAUUUGACUCUGAAAGACAUAAAAUAUGGAUCAGCAUAGUUCAAACUAAGAGCCUGCAUCACAAAAGGACUGAACUGCUUUUGCAUCUGCUAAACCUGCUGUGUGAAAGGACUGUAAAGACUAAUUCACAAAUGUUGCACACAAAGAGUUACAUGUUCCACAAUCUGCAUUGAGCAAACAGUGUCACUGUUACAGUGUUGUUCAUGUACAUUAAAAUGAGACAUUAUGUAUCAAGUUGGAGCAAAAUAUGACCUUUUCUGUGAACACUUUUCUCAACAACAAAAAAAAGUUUUUUGGUGACAUUACUAUGGCAGAUAAAUAAAUCUUUAUUUCAAUAGAUAUCACCUAACAUGGUCAUGCACAGGGAUGCUGACAGAGAUUAGGGGGCCUUCUUCACUAGCAUCACUGAAAUGAUGCAGCUGAGUAAAGGUAGGGUCUCCAAAAUGUGCUGGUUUGAAACACCUGUCAACUCCCAAGUCACUGAGUAGUUGCGGUUGCUUUAAUCAGUCAAACCACUGCUGAGCAAGACGAGUUUGUACAAUGUCAUCCCAGCUGAGCUUUAACCUGCAGAGCUCUUGCAGGAUCCUUUUAGCUGGCAGAAGCGCUGGUGCUAAGAUACCCAAUGGAUGGUAGAUGGAGCUCACCAGGGAAAGGAGGUUUCUUCUGGUGGGCGGUUUUGACUUGGACUACGAUUCUGAAACGGAAGUGUUACGGAACCCUGAUGUAAACGACACCCAGCAGUUGGCCAUGCUUCCUUCAGACCCUUUGUGUACGCCUGGUAAACACUGGUACUCAGCGAUGCACGUUCUGGACACACUGAAAUCCGCAACAUGUCACUCCUCGUUAGUAUAGUGGACAGUAUCUCCGCCUGUCACGCGGAAGACCGGGGUUCGAUUCCCCGACGGGGAGAGUAUUCCUUUGCUCCAGCAGCUGAUUUUAAGCCCACUAAGACCGGGGGCUUGGAACUCAUCCUGCUCUCCAGCCCAGGUCAGCUGACAAACUCUCAGCCUUCCAUCCUACAAAGGAGGAGGUCAAAGGAAUGUGAUUGCAUGCAAAGAGGGCCUCAAUCUGCCAGAGGAAGAAACAAGAAAAGGAAAAAAGUGAUGAGAAAUUCUGACUGGGACUCAAGUUAACCCCUCUCUACCACCGAACCCUAUUCGAUGGCGUACACAGAGAAGGACAGAAGAUGGAUUCCUUGCCUUUAAGCCGGGCCUGCUAAAAUGGGAUUUGGGAAUGUUAUGGGAGGGCCUCUGAUGACAAAGUGUCUUUCAGCCCCUUGAAGUCAGUACUCAAGCGGGUUUAAGUGGGCAGCCAUUGAGCGCUUGAGUAGAGCAGGAGGGUACAUCAAUAUGUUCCCGCCCGGUUUCGAACCGGGGACCUUUCGCGUGUGAGGCGAACGUGAUAACCACUACACUACGGAAAUUUACAGGACAAGUGGGAAGGGUACGCAGCCCCGAACUCACCUGCUUUCCAAAUGCCAAGAUUUCAGAUGCUAACAAACAGUUUUUUCGAUUGUCGUGGGUUCUAAAUACAGUUCCGUAACUUGACUUCUUCUUGCAAUGAAACGGCGUGGAUCCUAAUUUCUGCAAAUGUUCUUAUCUUUCUUCAAGCCCCUCAGUUAUUGGCACUUUCAUUUUCUCAUCCAUACCACGCCCUUAAGAUCCACAAAAUAUAAAAUUGGAAAAGUAAUCCAUAAGUAGAUAUAAAUUUCCAUGAAAAUAUAAAAAUCCAUCUCAAAAUUAUGACAUUUUACACUAAAUUUCUCCCUACUCUCUGAUUUUAAAGGGAUAUUCACUGGAAACACAUUGUAUGACCAAGUUAGACACCCCCUCGAGAUAUGAAUGCUACAGACUGCUUGCUUCUCUAGUUAUACCAACUUAAGUAACAACCGCACGAUAGCAAUACACGGUGGUCUGAGGAGCCACGUGCGCACCUCAACCAACCACUCUGUAGCCACAAAUAAUGCUCAGAACAGCACCUAACUUCAUCAAGAUUACAUAUAGGGUCCUAGCCACCAAACAUAUUUUUAACUUUGUCUGAUUUCUUUAGCAAAGAAACUAAACACAACUCACCUACUCUCUUCCAGCGGCCGCUUGUUUGUAGGGAGAGCUCAGACGAGUCCAUUACCGACUGCAGUGGGGUUACACAGCUCAAGGAAGAACAUUUAUGAUAAUUUCUUCAGACUGAGACACUAAGGCAGAAGAAGUACUGCGUCUGCAGUGGAAAAUGGUUAAUAUGAUGAUUAUUACUUCAAGGCUCUGUAGACCACUGUGUAUUGUUAUUGUGCGACUGUUACUAAAGUUGGUAUAACUACAGAGGCAAGCAGUUGGCGACAUUCAUCUCUCGGGGGAGUGUCUAACUCGGUGUUACGGUGUGUUUGACCCUAACUUAAUUUUACGCCGGAAUAUCCCUUUAGCUCUUUACAGUGAGUCCUUACUUUGGUAAUAUGAUUACUAAGACAGAUGCAUUAAGAUGUGUGAUUCAUCCCACUGUCUUUACACUCAACAAUACAUGUGGGCAUCCUUCUAUAUAUUCCUAAAAUAUAUGCCAAUCUAUUACACUGUAUGAAGAAAAACAACAAGAAAUACUUCGGAAAAAUUCAAACUUUAACUCGAACAUUUUGCCCCUGAUGUUCACAUCCAGCAGAGUAAAAGUCUUGUCUUCUUGCCCUCUCAGUGAAAACUAUCUCACAGUGCAGCCACACCCCCCACAGCACUGUCCUACACACCAGCAAACAUUUGAACCUGAUUACUAAGGUUACGACCCAUUUUCACACAUAUCUCCAAACAAUAGCAGAAAAUACAGCCUGAAAAACAUCCGGCUUGACUUUGGCAGCCGGGCACAGCACCUCCUGCCAGAAAGUGUCCUGCCUGAGUGCAAAAGCAGCGAUAAAUCAGCUGGGAAACCUCUCCAACAGAGUGGAAAAAUAACACAUUCACAUAAUUGUGGUUUGGAUUCAUUUGAUUGUAUUCAAGGGUUUCCAAGAAAAGUGUUUGCAGGAAUGAGAGAGAUUUUGGUUUAGGCUGCUUUGUUUUAGUCAGCAUGAUACAAAUGUAGAGAGGCUUGGGUUUUUGUUCUUUUUAGUUCAUUUUUCACCCACAAAUCGUGUCCUUUAUGGCUGGUGUGAUAACGAAGGAAGGCUUGCAAACAUUUAAGAGGCUUGUAAUCUCCCUCCACUUGUAAUCAUUCAUUUUUAAACUUAGCAUCUCCAUUAGUCUUUGUUUACUGGGUUUCUGAAUACUCUAAGCUGAAAGAGUAAAUGGCACAUCAUAUAAAUGUUAGGCGUGCAAUGGUACUAAAGGGUGGGAUUGACCUCAAAUAAAGACCUAAUUAAAGUGAAGUAUUUAUAACUUUACAUGGUGCCACUGACACAGAGGCUAUUUCUAACUUAUUUACUGUGACGCUCAGUCCUUUGCUCACUUUGAAGAGCAGAGAGUCAAUGGAUGUUAAGGAUUCAUCAAAGCUUUCUAAUUAUGUUUCCUUCACAGGAGGACAGAAAAGGCUUUUCUGCCCUAGGAUGAAAUUCACAUUGAUGUUCAUGUAAUCCUCCUUUUCCUUAUCUCUGCGUGAGUGUUUUACUCGUUCAUAACCAUCUUUAAAUGAAGAUACAUUAAUGGUAAUCUCACAGAGGUUUGACUGAGUUAUUGUAGUCAGAGGUUAAUGAUGUAAACCUUCAUAAUCUCAGAGUUCCAGGAUUCUAACGGUGAAGGACUGAGAAAGUUGCCCAGUUAUUUUAGUUUCAAAGAUUCAGAAAUGGGAGGAAAUGAAAAUGUGAAGCCAUCUUAGGUGCCCUGUCUGAGGUUUUCUUUUUAAACUCCAAACAAAAGGCAUCAUGGAUAAAUACGUGAAAUGUGUCAACAACAUAUAUGAAAUAUGCUUUUCAGUAGCUUUUCAACUGUUUGUCUUUCAUAAAAGAAAAAAAAACAUGUUGGACGUUAGCUAAGUGAUUCCAAAUGUUGUUAAACCAUAAAAUGGCUGAUUUUCAUCACCUUGUGUAGCUAACACAUAAGAAGGAUUGAAAAAAUAAUGAGAUUUUCCAUGAUGAAGGUCCUGUGUCCAAUAAUAGCUUUAAUUUUUUAUUUAUUCAGGAGCAGCAUCCACGACCCGACCUGGUGUCCUAGACUUUUUCACUUUGGUUCACUGCAUUUUUCUGGGGGGUGUUUGCAAUGGUCCUAUAUUAAAGUGCCAAUGGAAGUGACAGUGCAGACUUACAACCAAUCAGAUUAAUGCAGCAUGUGAUGAAGUGCAUGAUAACAUAAAGUUAAACAGACAUGACAUGCAGAUCUCGCCCCCUGUCUAAAUAAGAGACUUUAGUGGGGUCAUUAUGGAUCCAGAUCCAAACCGCCAGUAAGAAUGAAACUGCAGCUGUGAAAAGUAUCAAGACAUCUUUUUGUUUUACUUUUAGGAUUCUUCAUUGAUAAGAUGAGCGAUUACGGGACGGGUUUCCUCAUGGCAGGAGUGGCUCUCAUCGUCUCUGCUAUGUUCCUGCUCCUCCUCCACCAGAUGAACCACAGGGCUCAGAGGUCAACCACCAAGAACCAAAACACAUUCAGAGCUGAAGCCAAAGAGCUGGACAUGACCUGA